GUACACGUGUUUACUCAUCAAUCAUCGUUAAGAAAUGGAUGAAGAGAUUCUUUGACCUGCGACGAUAUUUGCCGUCUUCCACUGUUUAUAAAUAUUUUUCAAAUCUCUCCCUGAAACUAUCAAACUCAUCACUUUGCUUUCCUAACAGAGAGAAAAUGAAGCUUGAACUUGAAGUAACUUCAGAGGAACUGGUCAAGCCUUCUUCUCCGACGCCGGCCAAUCUCCGCCGUUACAAACUCUCAUUUCUCGAUCAAGUCACCGCCGAUGUCUACAAUCCUAUGGUCUAUUUCUACCAACUCAACAGAGAUUCAAACUUCACCAAAAUCCAAAUAAAGAAUCACCUCAAAAACACCCUCUCCGCCGUCUUGUCGGACUACUAUCCCCUCGCCGGCCGAGUCAAUUACGCGGAUUUCGUAAUCGAUUGCAACGACGACGGCAUUCCUUUCUUAGAAACCCGUGUCAAAUUCAAUCUCCACGACGUCGUUUCCAGGUCCUUCCCCGAGGAUCUCAACUGCCUCGUCCCGUUCGAACUGGAUCGACUCAACGAAAUUUCCAUGGGAGUUCAACUGAACUUCUUCGAAUGCGGCGGAAUCGGCCUCGGCGUUUGCGUUUCGCAUAAAAUUGCUGAUGCUCUGUCGUUUUUCUCCGUUGUGAACAGCUGGGCGAGAGCCGCGCGCGGCGAGGCGGAGGCUAUAGGCCGGCCGCAUUUAGUGGCUGCGAAGCUGUUUCCACCGAGGAACGCGGCUGUUUAUAACACUGGGAACAGCAUCGUGAGAGAUAGAGUUGCAAGGAGAUUUGUUAUAGACGGUUCGAAAGUGGAAGCCAUUAGAGAGAAAUAUGCAGAGAGAGCGGCCAUGGAAGGCCAGAGGCGUCCUACGAAAGUUGAAGCCUUAUCAGCUUUUAUUUAUGGCCGUUUCCUUGCCGCCAUUGAAGACGAAUCCUCUGCUCAAACUGAUCGAUUAUUCCUAGUGUGUCAUACGGUGAAUAUACGCCAAAAACUAGACCCACCGCUUCCACAAAAUGCGUUCGGAAAUUACUACAGAAACGCCAUGACCCUCCCUUCUGCCCAAACACUGGCCGACCCCAACUGCUGUGCCCUGGUCAACGAGGUCAGACUUCAGAUCGCCAAAAUCAACGCCGAGUUUCUCAGGCAAUUCCAAGAAGAGAACGCGCAAGUGGAGAUCAUCAAAGCCACGUCCGCCAGAUUCGCCAAAGGCGAGAUCGUGUCCUGCGCCUUCACCAGCCUCUGCCGAUUCCCUCUCUACGACGCCGACUUCGGCUGGGGAUCGCCGCUCUGGGCGGCCUCGCCGGCGCUGCCUUUCAAAAACCUCGUCGUUUUUAUGGACACCAAGUCCGGCGACGGCGCCGUUGAUGCUAUCGUUCAUUUGAAGGAAUCGCACAUGAAGAGGUUUGAAGUAGAUUGCGAGUUUCUCAAGUUUGCUUCUCCUACUGCCUUUUAAUUUCUUCUUCUGAUUAAAGUAUUUUUAUGUGUGAAGUGUGAUUUCUUGGUUUGUUUUAAUUUGUUCCUUUAAAAUCCAAAAGGUUUCGUUAAUUUUGUGGUAUGUGUGUGUGUUUUAAAUUUUAGUUACGUCCAUUCUGUUUCUGGGUUCACCAAUAAUUGUAUUAUUUGAUUUCUUUAGUAUGCAACAAUGGAAGAAUUGCACAGAGACCCUUUUUAGGGGCCAAAUCAAAAUUAAAUCUAAUUUUAAAACAUGAUGAAAUUUUGAUAUUGACUGAACAUCGGAAAUUACCACUUUAACCUCAAUGCUUUCUCAUUUCAUUUCUUCUUUUUGCAGCUGAUCGAUCUAAAAAAGAAAAAAGAUUUGUAUUUUUUAUGUAUUUGUCUUCUUCUUUCUCUUCUGCAUUCUUGUUCUUCCAAUUUUUUUGUUGGUUCUGCAACGUCAUCGUCGUCUUCUUCCAUUUUUUAUGCAUUCUUCUUCUUCAUCUUCUUCUUCCAUUUUUU